AUGGAUAAAGACACACGUAACCGUUACUCAAAUGGUGCAUCAUCUACUUUUUUCUCAUCACAAAAUUCUUCAAUGACGACUAAAAAACUUGUGAUAAAAAACUUAAAAACUUCUGCACUUACACUACCACCGGAUUAUUUCGAUAAAAUUUGGCCUUUACUUAAACAAGCACUUGAAGCUAUUCUUAAUGGUAAAAAUAGUCCAACAAAUGAAGAACAACUUUAUCGUCAUAUUGAUCAUCUAUGUACAACAACAACAACGAAUGAAACAAAUACUUCUUCACCAAGUCUUCUUUAUGAAAAUUUAAAGAUAGUACUCGAUGACCAUAUACAAACUCUACGACCUCCUUUACUUAGUGAUGUGAAUGACAGUUGUGAUUAUCUCCGAUUACUUAAUUCUAUUUGGAAUGAUCAUAUUGUACGAUCGAUUCUUAUUCGUCAAUUAUUUAUUGUACUUGAUCGAACUUAUGUUCUACAUGCAGCUAUUCCUAGUAUAUGGGAACUUAAUCAAGAUUUAUUUCGUUGUUAUGUAAUGCAAAAUUCGACAAUUUCAAAUAGAUGUAUCAGUGGUCUUCUAAAAUUAAUCGAACAGGAAAGACGAGGUGAAACAAUAGAUAGAAGUCUAAUGAAAAGUCUUAUUCGAAUGUUAAUUGAUCUUCAUGUAAGUUUUAUUAAACAAAUUGUUACUCAUUUGGAAAUGAAGCGUAAUAAUAAUCUUUAUAAAAAAGAUUUUGAACCAUCAUUUUUACAAUCAACUGAAGAAUUAUAUCAUAAUGAAGGUCGUCAAUUAAUUCAAACAUUAGAAUUAAGUCAAUAUCUUUCACAUGUUGAACGUCGUCUUAAUGAAGAACAAUUACGAGUUAAAACUUAUAUUGAUCAAUCAACAAAAGUUCAAUUAAUUCAUAUUGUUGAAAAUAAUUUAAUAACAAAUCAUAUUAAACAAAUGCUUUCAAAAAAUUUUGAUGCACUUAUUGAUGACAAUCGUUUUACAUCUGUUGCUUUAAUGUAUGAUCUAUUUCUUCGAAUUGGUCCUAAUGGUAUUCAAGAUCUUCGUGAAGCAUUUGGAAAUUAUAUUAAAGUUCAUGGUCGUGCAUUAGUAAUUGAUGUUGAUAAAGAUGAUAAAAUGGUUGAUGAAUUACUUGAAUUUAAAGAAAAAUUAGAUUGUUUUCUUCAUGAAUGUUUUCAUAAUAAUGAAAAAUUUUCAAAUACACUUAAAGAUUCAUUUGAAUAUUUUAUAAAUCAACGUGUAAAUAAACCGGCUGAAUUAAUUGCUAAAGCUGUUGAUGCACGAUUACGUACAGGAAAUAAAGAAGCAACAGAAGAAGAAUUAGAAAAAAUUCUUGAUAAAUUACUUAUUUUAUUUCGUUUUAUUCAUGGAAAAGAUGUAUUUGAAGCAUUUUAUAAAAAAGAUUUAGCUAAACGUUUAUUAGUUGGAAAAAGUGCAUCAGUUGAUGCUGAAAAAUCUAUGUUACUUAAACUUAAACAAGAAUGUGGAAAUGUAUUUACAAGUAAACUCGAAGGAAUGUUUAAAGAUAUUGAAUUAUCAAAAGAUAUUAUGACAGCAUUUGAUCAAUAUAUGCAUGGUCGUGAAGCACCAGGAAAUAUCGGUAUGUCUGUUUGUGUAUUAACAAUGGGUUUUUGGCCAACAUAUCCACAUGUUACUGCUAUUUUGCCACCUGAAUUUUGUCGAUUACAAGAAAUAUUUACAACUUUUUAUCUAAGUAAACAUACAGGCCGUAAACUUCAAUGGCAAUAUACACUUGAUCAUUGUUUACUUAAAGGGUGGCUCAAAGAAAAGGUUAUGAUUACAUAG